AUGAAGAUCGCCAUCCUCACCUCGGGCGGCGAUAGCGCAGGGAUGAACGCCGCCGUGCGUUCCAUAGUCAAAUGGGGCAUCCUCAAAGGAUGCGAGAUGUGGAUCGUGCGCGAGGGCUACGAAGGGCUCGUGCGGGGCAACACGGAGCACGCUGAGCAGGAAGCCCGCGAGGCAAACGCCGCAGCUGCGGAGCAGGUCGAGGAGUCGGUCAAGGACAUGGAGCUCAAGACCGAGAAGAACCUGCUGCACAACCUGCGAUUUGGCGAUGGCGACCUCCUGCGCGAUGGGACGAGCGAGUUUGUGGGUGGAAGGACGCUCAAGGGGAGGUAUAUCGUACGAGUGGGGUGGGAUGAUGUUCGUGGGUGGUUCUCUGAGGGCGGAACUCUCAUCGGCACUGCGCGUUCAGUCGCGUUCAGGUCACCAGAAGGACGUCGGGCGGCCGCGUUCAACCUCAUCAAAGAAGGCAUCGACGCGCUCGUCGUGUGCGGUGGUGACGGCUCGCUCACCGGUGCGGACAUCUUCCGCUCCGAAUGGCCUUCGAUUAUCAAAGCACUCCGCGAUCAAAACCAGAUCACCGAACAGCAACUCGAGAACCACUCGCACCUGCGGCUCGUUGGCCUCGUCGGGUCAAUCGACAACGACAUGUCGCUGACGGACUUGACGAUCGGCGCACCGACGGCGUUGCAGCGCAUCUGCGAGGCCAUUGACAACAUCAACUCGACCGCGUCAAGCCACUCGCGCGCGUUCGUCGUCGAGGUCAUGGGCCGCGACUGUGGGUGGUUGGCUUUGUUGGCUGGGGUAGCUGGUGGUGCGGACUUCAUCUUCAUUCCCGAACGCCCGCCCCAUGUCAACCCUUGGGAGGACGAGAUGUGUGCUCAGAUCCAUCGUCACCGCGAAGUAGGCAAGCGCAAAACCAUCGUCAUCGUUGCCGAAGGCGCGCACGAUAGCGAGCUCAAUCCCAUCCGCGCCGAAUACAUCAAGGACGUCCUCACUGAGCGCCUUGGGCUCGACACGCGUGUCACAACGCUUGGGCACACCCAGCGAGGAGGACGGCCGUGUGCCUUUGACAGGAUCUUCCCUACUCUCCAAGGAAUCAACGCCGUCGAGGCGCUCAUGGAGGCGGCUCCCGGUACGCCGACGUACAUGAUUGGCAUUCAGGAGAACAAGAUUACCCGUGUGCCGUUGAUCGAUGCUGUCGAGAUGACUAGAGCCGUAGGGAAAGCGAUCAAGGAACACGAUUUUGACAAGGCGCUCGAGCUCCGUGGAACAGAGUUCCAGGAAAUGUUGCAGAGCUUCCAGGCACUCUCAUCGUUCCCUGAGGAGAGUUCGAAGUUGCCCGAAAAGAAGAGGAUGAUUAUCGGUAUAAUCCACAUGGGUGCUCCAGCUGGAGGCAUGAACGCCGCAACGCGUGCCGCCGUCCGGUACUGCAUCAAACAAGGCCACCGCCCGCUCGCCGUGCACAACGGCUUCCGCGGACUGCUCGACGACAACGUCUCCGAGCUCACCUGGCUCGGCGUCGACGCCUGGGCACCGCGCGGGGGCUCCGAGCUCGGCACGAACCGUACCCUCCCUUCCAUCGACCUGGGCGCCAUCGCCGCCAAGUUCCAGAACUAUAAAUUCGACGGAUUGUUGAUGAUUGGCGGCUUCGAGGCAUUCAAUGCGCUGAUGAUCCUCGAGGAGGGCAGGAAAUAUUACCCUGCGUUCCAUAUCCCGAUGACGCACCUGCCUGCGACGAUCAGCAACAAUGUGCCGAUGACAGAGUAUAGUUUGGGCAGCGAUACGAGUUUGAACGCGCUUGUGGAUGCGUGCGAUGCGAUUAAGCAGAGUGCGAGUGCGAGCAGGGAUCGGGUGUUUGUUGUUGAGACGCAGGGAGGGAAGUGCGGGUAUAUCGCGACGAUGGGUGCCCUUGCUGUUGGCGCGAGCUUGGUCUAUACGCCUGAGGAUGGGAUGGGGCUGGAUAUGUUGAGAAGAGAUGUCCGAUUCUUGAAGACGAGAUACAGCUUAGAUCUCCCGGGAAAGAGCGAGGGUCGUUUGGUUAUCAGAAACGAGAGCGCCUCGCAAGUAUACACGACGUCAGUGCUCACAAAGAUGUUCAUCGAAGAAGGCGGAUCACUGUUCGACGCACGUUCUGCCUCCUUGGGACACACGCUACAGGGUGGUGUCCCUUCUCCUAUCGAUCGUGCACGAGCAGCGCGUCUAUCGCUCAAGUGCAUGGCGUUCAUUGAAAAGCACCACGAGAUUCUGUCAAAGACGCCCCCACACAAGUCGCGCCAUGCUGAACCCGAAACUGCAGCGAUCAUCACCAUCCAGGCGAACAGCAUCAAGAUGGUCCCAGUGACGGAGAUGGUGCACCAUGCAGAUAUGACGAACCGACGAGGCAAGAUGAGCUGGUGGAUGGACGUGAAGAACCUGGUUGAGCAGCUGGCGGGCAAGCCUCAAUUCUUGGGCAUCCCAAAGAACUAUCCCUUGACGGGCGAACCAGUCAAGAUUUGA